AUGCCCAAGAAUCAACACGUCUCCGGCAACAAUGUCAUUCAGACGAAGGGUGACGGAACCCAGAUCAGGAAGAGCAACAACGCUGUAAGUCACUGCCGACUAUUCGAGCCACUUUCCGGCCGACAGAGUGGGCUAGGCUCAUGCUUUGCCCACCCUUGCUGGCCUCACACCAGGUCGUCAAUGGCUAUAACGACCUCUUAAAUGAACCCAACAAAUUCAACGGAAAGACGUGA